AUGGAGAACAUCCUAAGCAAAGUGGACAAAAUAGAGCCGUUCGACGCAAAGGUGAAGGAGGAGUACAACCAGUUCAAGUACGAUGUAACGAAGCAAGCAAUAGAAUCCUUAAGAGAGAGAAUCCCCAAAAGGAUCCUCUACUUCAACACACUGGUUAAUGUAAAUGCAGAACCAGGUUCCAUCCUAGAUGUAAGCGACCUAGAUACAAACACAUACAAAUAUACAACAAACCAGACGGAGGAAAAUACACGGAAAAAGCAUAAGACAAAGGAUCACGAUGUGAUUGAAAAGAAAAAAGACUCCAUAGAAAUGAACAAAAAUGACAUCCAUUUUGAGGAAAAAAAAAUAGUAAUAGAUGAAAAUGUUAUAUAUACUCAUUACGUUCCUUCCCACAAACAAAUAAGUGCAGAGCUUGAAAAAAUAAAAGCCUAUUCGUCUGAACUUAUCGAAAUAAUAGGUAAUAUAAAAUUGUGGAUUCAGUUGAAUGUGCCCAGAAUUGAAGAUGGGAAUAAUUUUGGUGUAGGAAUUCAAGAGGAAGCUAUACAGGAGCUGGCUAGGGUUGAAGAAAGCGCUUUCAACCUUUACGAUGCGGUUGUGAAGUACUAUAUGGAUAGAGCGAAAUUAUCGACCAAAGUUAUUAAGUACCCUAAUGUGCAUGACUACCAGGAAGCUGUCCAGGAGUUAGACAAGAAGGAAUGGAUUCACAUAAAAAUUACCCUCAUUGAUAUGCGCAACAAUUAUAUUAUGCUUUACGAUUUGUUGUGCAAAAAUUGGGAGAAGGUUGUCAAGCCCAAAAAUGAGGAUGCCCAUCAUAGGAUGACUUUCUAG